UGCAACAAAACUGAAAGAAUAUAUUAAUUUUUAAGAAGAAAAAGAAAGCAGGCUGCUUGCUAUAUAAAGGAGGCUUUUUGGAAUUGUUUUUUUUUUACUUCUUUGGUUUUGGUUCUGUGAACCUGUCCAAUUUAUCAACUUUGGGUGGUUCAAAUUGGAAUGUGAAAUGCUUUGAGCUUUGGAGUCUCAUCAAAGUGCUUCUUUUUGCUUUGCUUUGAUUGCGUAAGCCAUUCGUUUUGCUUUCCACUAAUGCGUUGGAAAACUCUGAAGAUCUGAAGGUGGCUCCUUUUGAUGGCUUCUUCUGGUUUAAGGUUAUGUGAUAAUUGAAGCUUGUAAUUAUAGAUGAUUAAAGUGUAGCAGUUCAUUUGGAUGCAAUGUUAAAAGCAUUAGUUCCAGGGCUGUUGGUUUCUUGCUUGUUGGUUUCGGUAUCGUGUGCCGAUAAUGGCUUUUCGAGGUGUAGUUGUGACGACGAGGGUAGUUUUUGGAGCAUCGGGAGCAUAUUAGAGACUCAGAGAGCGAGUGAUUUCUUGAUUGCCAUCGCGUAUUUCUCGAUCCCGAUCGAGCUGCUUUACUUCGUUAGCUGCUCGAACGUGCCGUUCAAAUGGGUGCUCUUUCAGUUCAUCGCCUUCAUCGUGCUAUGCGGACUGACCCAUCUGCUCAACGGAUGGAGCUAUGGCCCUCAUUCGUUUCAACUCAUGUUGGCUCUCACCGUGUUCAAGAUCCUCACUGCUUUGGUCUCAAGUGCCACUGCUAUUUCGCUUCUCACGCUGAUUCCGCUGCUUCUCAAAGUCAAGGUAAGGGAAUUAUUGCUGAAGAAAAAGGCUUGGGACCUUGGUCAGGAAGUCGGUAUUAUAAUGAAGCAGAGGGAGACUGGUUUGUACGUCCGCAUGCUUACUCAAGAAAUUCGUAAAUCGUUGGAUAGGCACAACAUUUUGUACACAACGAUGGUAGAGUUGUCCAAGACGCUGCGUUUGCAAAACUGUGCCGUUUGGAUGCCCAACGAGAUCAAGACCGAGAUGAAUCUGACUCAUGAACUCAAAGGAAGGAACUUUUCGUAUCAUUUUACCAUUCCAAUCACUGAUCCGGAUGUGGCAUGGAUUAAAAGAACUGAUGGAGUGCAUAUCCUCAAGCCAGAUUCGCCGCUUUCUACUUUAACAUAUGGAGAGCAUGGUGAGCCAGGGCCAGUAGCUGCAAUACGGUUGCCGAUGCUUCGUAUAUGCAAUUUUAAAGGGGGGACUCCCGAGCAAGUUCAGACGUACUAUUCCAUACUGGUAUGUGUUCUUCCGAGUGAACAACAAAGAUCAUGGAGCAACCAGGAAUUGGAGAUAGUUAAGGUGGUCGCUGAUCAGGUUGCCGUUGCAAUCUCUCAUGCUGCAGUUCUUGAAGAGUCCCAACUCAUGAGGGAGAAACUGGCCGAGCAAAAUCGCGCAUUACAACUUUCAAGAGAGAAUGCUAUGAGGGCAAGCCAAGCUAGAAAUGCAUUUCAGAAGGUAAUGAGUGACGGAAUGAAGAGGCCUAUGCACUCAAUCUUAGGCUUGCUUUCGAUGAUGCAGGAUGGAAAUUUAAAUAACAAUCAGCAGAUUAUUGUUGAUUCGAUGAUGAAGACCAGCAAUGUCCUGUUGACCUUGAUAAACGAUGCGAUGGAUAUUUCAACAAUGGAUGGUGGAAGAUCCAAACUGGAGAAGAGAUCUUUCCGAUUACAAUCGAUGAUAAAAGAAGCAGCUUGCCUUGCCAAGUGCUUGAGCGUUUAUCAGGGUUUCAGUUUCAUGAUCGAGGUCGAGAAGUCUUUGCCUUGCUUUGUUUUCGGUGAUGAACGAAGAGUUUUUCAGGUUAUAGUGUAUAUGGUAGGGAGCCUAUUGGAUGGAAAUACUGGAGGGGGGACUGUAAUACUUCGGGUGUUCACGGAGAAUGGUAGUUGGGAAUGGGAUGAUCAGAGACGAGCAGCCUGGAGGCACUACGCUUCUGAUGCAGAUGUACUUAUCAGGUUUGAAAUUUUGGUUUCCAAUAAAAUCUCUCAAUCAGAAGGCUGCUCAAUGUCGGAGCUACCGAGCAGUAGAAGCAGAUGCAACGGCCGUGGUGCUGAGGAACGCUUGAGCUUCAGUGUUUGCCAAAAGCUAGUGCAGCUGAUGCAUGGGAACAUCUGGGUAGUCGAAGAUCCUUUAGGUUCUGCUCAAAGCAUGGCACUUGUUAUGAGGUUUCAAAUCCGACCAUCCAUCAGUACAAUCACCGAGUCCGGAGAAUCCUCAGAGCAGCCAAGCUCCAACUCUGAUUUCAGGGACUUGCAUGUUUUACUGGCUGAUGACGAUAAUGUGAACCGUGCUGUGACUGGAAAGCUUCUUGAGAAUUUGGGAUGCACUGUUUCUGUUGCGUCUUCCGGAUCCGAAUGCUUGAGUGCUAUCGGGUCAACCGCAUCUACAUUCCAAAUUGUCAUUUUGGAGCUUCAGAUGCCCGAUUUGGAUGGAUUCGAAGUCGCGACAAGAAUCCGUAAGUUCCGAAGCCGGAGUAGGCCGUUGAUUGUUGCCAUGACUGCAAGUAUGGAUCAAGAAAUUUGGGAGAAAUGUUUGCAGACCGGAAUGAACGGUGUUAUUCAAAAACCGGUGCUAUUACAUGAAAUCUCCGUGGAGCUUCGAAAAAUCCUGAUUCAGGCCAACAGGGUUGCGUGACGAUAACAUCACCGACUCCUUCACCUCGCCAUCAAGCUGGUACCUGAUGUCCACUCCUUAACCUUUUCCUUUCGUUUAAGCGACUUCACUUGCAUAGAUUGUUUUUGAUCUAAUCAAAAUAGAUUACCAGAAUUCUCUUCAACGCAUCAUCACUCUAAUAAACACUGGGUUACAUGCACGGUGCAAAGCUAGAAAAGACUUUCGCAGUACAGUCGGGAUUCGGGAACGAAUCGCGAGCUCUCUAGUAUGGACGCAACU